AUGGAGUCUCUCCGGCAAUUCUCCUUUGUAUCCUUCAUCGCCCUUCUUGCUUACUUCGCUUUCCUCGCUUCCGCUGAGCUUCACGUCCGUCAAUUCGUGAUCCAGCCAAAACCAGUGACGAGGCUAUGCAGAACUCACCAAAGCAUCACCGUUAAUGGUCAGUUUCCAGGUCCAACGCUCGAGGUCAGAAACGGUGACUCGCUUGCAAUCACCGUCGUCAACAGAGCUCGUUACAAUAUUAGCAUCCACUGGCAUGGAAUCAGACAGCUGCGUAACCCGUGGGCUGAUGGUCCAGAGUACAUAACACAGUGUCCGAUCCGUCCAGGACAAAGCUACACUUACAGGUUCACAAUCGAAGACCAAGAAGGUACACUUUGGUGGCACGCUCAUAGCCGCUGGCUUAGAGCCACAGUCUACGGUGCUCUCAUCAUCUACCCUCGUCUUGGUUCUCCUUAUCCCUUCUCUAUGCCCAAACGUGACAUCCCCAUUCUUCUCGGUGAAUGGUGGGAUAGAAACCCAAUGGACGUUUUGAAGCAAGCACAGUUCACAGGAGCAGCAGCUAAUGUCUCAGACGCUUACACCAUCAACGGCCAACCAGGCGAUCUUUACCGCUGCUCGCGGGCCGGGACCAUCCGUUUCCCGAUUUUCCCAGGCGAGACGGUCCAGCUCCGUGUCAUCAACGCUGGUAUGAACCAAGAGCUAUUCUUCUCGGUCGCCAACCACCAGCUCACGGUUGUUGAAACCGAUUCCGCAUACACAAAACCAUUCACCACAAAUGUCAUCAUGAUCGGUCCCGGACAAACCACUAACGUCCUCAUCACGGCAAACCAGCGACCUGGCCGCUACUACAUGGCAGCCCGUGCUUACAACAGCGCAAACGCCCCUUUCGACAACACAACCACAACCGCUAUCUUAGAGUACGUCAACGCUCCAACUAGACGUGGUCGCGGCCGUGGUCAGAUUGCUCCGGUUUUCCCUGUUCUUCCAGGGUUCAACGACACUGCCACCGCAACCGCUUUCACCAACCGUCUGCGGUACUGGAAAAGAGCUCCAGUACCGCUCCAGGUUGACGAAAACCUCUUCUUCACUGUCGGGUUGGGGCUAAUCAAUUGUGCCAACCCGAACAACCCGCGUUGCCAGGGACCUAACGGGACUCGGUUCGCGGCCAGCAUGAACAACCAGUCAUUCGUGCUACCGCGAAGUAACUCCGUCAUGCAAGCUUAUUACCAAGGCACGCCAGGAAUCUUUACUACGGAUUUCCCGCCUGUUCCGCCGGUGCAAUUUGAUUACACCGGUAACGUGAGCCGUGGGCUUUGGCAGCCGAUCAAGGGAACCAAAGCUUACAAGCUCAAGUUCAAAGCUAAUGUUCAGAUUGUGUUGCAAGACACGAGCAUUGUCACGCCUGAGAAUCAUCCCAUGCAUCUACACGGUUACCAAUUCUACGUUGUUGGGUCCGGUUUUGGGAAUUUUAACCCGAGAACUGACCCGGCUAGGUUUAACCUGUUUGACCCACCGGAGAGGAACACUAUUGGUACACCUCCAGGUGGUUGGGUUGCAAUCCGGUUCGUCGCUGAUAAUCCAGGAGCUUGGUUUAUGCAUUGUCACAUUGAUUCGCAUUUGGGAUGGGGUUUGGCUAUGGUGUUCUUGGUUGAGAACGGACGAGGACAGUUGCAAUCGGUUCAAGCUCCACCGUUGGAUCUUCCAAGAUGCUAA